AGCCGCAGCCUGUACAGCCUGGGCGCCUCGUUGCCGCGCGUGGCCGGGCGCUCCGCCCCGGGGGUCCCGCUGGGCGGCACCAUCCGGGAGGUCAGGGUCAACCAGAGCCUGCUGGCCCCGCUGCACGUGGACGUCGACCCCUCCAUCCAGCGGUUGCGCCAGGAUGAGUACAAGCAGAUCAAGACCCUCAACGACAAGUUCGCCUCGUUCAUUGACAAGGUGCGGUUCCUGGAGCAGCAGAACAAGCUGCUGGAGACCAAGUGGGGGCUGCUGCAGGAGCAGAAAACAUCCAAGAGCAGCCGCCUGCCAGGAGCCUUCGAGGCCCAGAUUGCGGGCCUGCGCUGGAGGCUGGAGGCACUGCAGGGGGAUGGGGGCCGCCUGGAGGUGGAGCUGCAGAGCGUGCAGGACGUGGUGGAAGACUUCAAGAACAAGUACGAAGAUGAAAUUAACCGUCGUACAGCUGCUGAGAAUGAGUUUGUGGUGCUGAAGAAGGACAUGGAUGCUGCCUACUUGAGCAAGGCGGAGUUGGAGACCAAGGUGGAGGCCCUGAAUACCGAGGUCAACUUCCUCAAGACCCUCAAUGAGAUGGAGUUGGCAGAGCUGCAGUCCCAAAUCUCGGACACCUCCGUGGUCCUGACCAUGGACAACAGCCGCUCCCUGGACCUGGAUGGCAUCAUCGCAGAGGUCAAGGCCCAGUACGAGGAGAUGGCCAACCGCAGUCGAGCUGAGGCCGAGUCCUGGUACCAGACCAAGUUUGAGAGCCUCCAGGCCCAGGCUGGGAAGCACGGGGAGGACCUCCGGAAUUCCCAGAAGGAGAUUGCACAGAUGAACCGAGCGGUCCAGAGGCUGCAGGCUGAGAUCGAGCAGCUUAAGAACCAGCGUGCCAGGUUGGAGGUCGCCAUUGCUAAGGCCGAGGAGCAUGGGGAGCUGGAACUCAAGGACGCUAGGACCAAGCAGGAGGAGCUGGAGGCCGCCCUGCAGCGGGCCAGGCAGGACAUGGCGCGGCAGCUGCGUGAGUACCAGGAGCUCCUGAACAUCAAGCUGGCCCUGGACAUCGAGAUCGCCACCUAUCGGAAGCUACUGGAGGGCGAGGAGAGCCGGUUGACUGGAGAUGGAGCGGGAACCGUGAACAUCUCCAUGGUGAAUUCUACUGGUGGCUUCACCGCUGGUGGCCGUGGCAGCGGGCUGAACUUCGGGGGAACCAUGGGCAGUAACGCCCUGAGGUUCUCGAGCAGCGGAGGGCCUGGAGCCCUGAAGGAAACCCUCCUCCCUUCUCUCCCAACUGUGGUGAAUUCCACUGGUGGCCGUGGCAGCGGGCUGACCUUUGGGGGAACCAUGGGCAGCAACGCUCUGAGUUUCUCAAGCAGUGGGGGGCCCGGGACCCUGAAGACCUAUUCCAUCAGGACCACAUCUACCAGCCACAGGAGCACCCGCCACUGA